ACCAUGUAGAAGAGCGAAAAGGAUGGUUCUUUCAGAGGAUGAAUUCAAUCGGCUUUACAGAAUCAGGAAGACUGUGAUGCAGAUGCUGAGGGAUAGGGGCUAUCUGGUUACAGACUAUGAGAUCAACAUGACCAAGAGUGAGUUCAGGCAUAAAUACUCUGAGCACAUGAAAAGGGAGGACCUCGUUAUCAAUAAAGCUAAGAAAGAUAAUAGCUCCGACCAGAUCUAUGUUUUCUUUCCUGAAGAAGCAAAGGUUGGAGUUAAGACAAUGAAGACAUACACUAACCGAAUGAAGUCAGAAAAUGUUUCCAGAGCAAUCUUGGUUGUUCAACAGAAUUUGACUCCCUUUGCUCGGAGUUGUAUUGCUGAAAUAUCCUCGAAAUUUCACUUGGAGGUUUUUCAGGAGGCAGAACUGCUGGUCAACAUAAAAGAGCAUGUUCUUGUUCCGGAACAUCAGGUGCUAACUGACACAGAGAAGAAAACCUUGCUUGCGAGAUAUACUGUGAAAGAAACCCAGCUUCCCAGAAUCCAGGUGACAGAUCCAAUUGCAAGAUACUACGGACUGAAGCGUGGACAGGUUGUGAAGAUAAUCCGACCAAGUGAAACUGCUGGACGUUAUGUUACCUACCGAUAUGUUGUGUAACUGUUCACUCUUUCUAGUUUAUGUCCUGAGCUGUGCGCUUCAUUAUAGACUGCGACACAGAGCACGCACCAAAGAAAAGCCAGCUUUUGUACCAAUCUGUUUUUCUUGGGGGACCCGAAUAGUUGUUAAUUGCGACUGUGCUUCCAUCGAAAAAGAAAGGAGAAAAAAUCGUUUCUUUUC